ACGCGUUAAUAACAACACCCUCGGAGACUUUUCCUUUUUUUUUUUCAUUACAUACAAACUAUUCUCUCUCUUUCUUGCAAAUCCUUUUUCUCUCGCGGAAUCAUCUUCAGAAACUGAUAGGAAGAAGAGGAAUAAUUACCUUGGCUUAGGAGGAGGAGAAGUAAAGAGUUCAUCAGCGAUGGAUCAAAUUCCACCAAAUGCACCUGACUCUUACAUACCAGAUGUUAUGCUUGAAUUUCGUGCGGGCAAGUUGAACCUCGAAGGAACACGAUUGGUUGCUGAUUCACGUAAAGGACUUGUUCGAAUAGCAAGGGGUGAUGAGGGAUUGUUACACUUCCAGUGGCUAGAUCGUACACAGAAUGUGCUCGAAGAUGAUCAAAUAAUAUUCCCGGACGAGGCAGUUUUCGAGAAGGUCGGUCCGCCAUCUGAAAGGGUAUACCGUUUAAAGUUCAGCACCGACAAUAGGACGUUCUUUUUUUGGAUGCAGGAGCCAAAUUCUGAUGAAGAUUCACGAAUUAGCACCUCAGUCAACUUCCACAUGAAUCGCCCUUUUGAAUUUGAUAGAGAAGAACCUGAAAUUUCAGCUCCUCUCCCACUGUCUGAAGCAUCCGAUAAAUCAGAAGACAUGGCUGAAGAUGAGGUGUCAUCGAGGGCAAACUUGGUUAUGCCUAACUUCGGUACGACAGCAACUAGUGAUGUUAGCUCUUCAGCUGGACCAGUAAAAAUGGCAGAUCUGCAGAGAAUAUUAAGUAGUUUUGGAGCAGGAGAUGCUGCUUUGGAUCCUGAUGGAGGUCUGGGAUUGGAGGACAUUCUGACUCCUGAGCUGAUACUGCCAUUGAUUGAAUCACUGCCUUUGGAACAGCGAUUGGCGGCACAUUUGCCUGAGGGUAAACUGAGUCCUUCCGAUCUAAUCGAGUUACUACAGUGCCCACAAUUCCGUCAACAAGUAGAAUCAUUUACAUACGUGCUUCGCACAGGACAGAUUGAUUUGACUCAGUUUGGUAUCGACCCAGCUAAAUACAACUUUAGUGUUCAAUCUUUCCUCGAAGCUUUGGACGACUCUGUUGCAAAAGUUUCAGAUUCUGGGGAAACUGGUUCAAGGCAAGAUGAUAACAAGGACUCGACAUCUCAAGCGCAAAAUGAUCCUAUGGAUGAAGGACAUUAGCAUUAGUUGGCAGGUGUUUAGCUGGGGUUCGACCAACUUAUGCCAACUUUUCUCUACCACCACUGUUGAGAUAUAAAAGUUUAAGUGAAUUUCUUUCAAAGCAAAUCUGAAGAAAAGAGAAGUAAAGACGGAAAAAGAGUAGAUAUACCCAUCCUUGUUUGUUAACAAAAAUCAAUAAACUUACAGUAAUAGGUUUAGAUUCCAUUGAUUUACAAAAAUUGAUUCAAGAACUGUAUUUGGAAUGUAUAAAAUUUUCAAGAACUUCAUUUGCAGGUCUGUCAAAUUGGGUUCAUUUAUGGGAUAUGAGAUAUUCAUCCCAUGACCAAAUGAAGCCUAAAUUCUGUUGCA